AUGGGCUGGGUAGGUGUCGCCAUAGUCGUUGCGACUACUUGCUUCCUCCUUUAUCGCCAUCCUCCCGCAAGCUGGUUCCCCGAGCCACCUGUCGCCCAUCAAGCCCGCCGCGAAUCCACCCCCGAGAGAAAAGAGAGGAAAGCGAAUAAUGAAGAGUCUUCCUACAAUAUUGAGCGCACGUCGCAACUGGCGGCAGCAAAGGAUGAGCCUGUUGAAGAAACUCAGACAACGCCGAAAGCAUCUGCCUCACCCGCGCCGACGCCAGUCCUAGACGUCCCCUCUUUCCAGCUUGACGACGACGACACAGACAAGGGCACGGCUCAGAAGGCGCAGCAAGAUACAGCUCAGCAGCCAACGAGCCCUUCACCAAACCCGAGCCCAUCGUUAGCCACUCCCGCGCCAUCAAUCACUAUGGCACCCCCCAGCUCAACACCAAAGCAGCCGCAGCCGCCCGUCACAAACGAUGCCUCCCUAAUGCCCCCUCCCCCGCCCCCUUCACGCCUCCAACCACCAAGUCUCCAAAAUCAACGAAGACCACAACCACAAACCAGCCUCGCUCCCCCGCCCGGCCGCUUCCCCCCUCCGCGACCAAGCAGCGGCGCCCGCACCCUCGGCCCACCCCCCUCAGCCGCAUCAUCCCUGCGCGUGCCCCCAGGCAUGCGCCCCGGCGCCAGCACAACCAGCAACUCCCUCUCCCCAAACAAAGUCACCCUCACGCCCGCCAAAAAGGCCUCGCAGCGCGCCGUCCUCGAACCAGGCUUCUCCCCGCUCGACUGGGCAGCGCUUACCUCAAACCCGAACCACAAGCUCCGCGGCGCGAACCUCCCAAACACGCUGAUCAAAGUUACACCUAGCAUGUUGAAGGUCCAAAAUGGACGGAAGGGCACGGACGCCUGGACGAGCUAUCAGGGGAAGGUGUACAAUAUCAGUCCUUACCUGCCGUUUCAUCCCGGUGGGAAAGGCGAGCUGCUGAGGGGGGCGGGCAAGGAUUCGGGGAAGCUGUUCCUGGAGAUCCAUCCGUGGGUGAACUGGGAUGCGAUCCUGGGAGAGUGCUUGGUGGGGAUUUUGGUUUCGGAGCAUGAGGCGGUUGAGGAGAAUAAGCUGGAUGCGAUGGACUGA